GGGUGGACGAGGAGGUGAAGAUGCCAGCCCAGGAAAUCUUUAAAUACUUUCAACACAGGAGCUCAGCUCCCACUCCUGUUAAUUUGGGAGCUUCUCCCAGCUGCUCUCCCUGGCUCUGAGCAAUGCCCUGCUCCCAGGGUCAGCAGCCUGGGCAUCCAGCACCCCUCAGGACAGCUCUUGCCCUCUCUGCCUGGGCGUUGUGUGGCAACAAAGGACAAAAGGGACUGGAGGAAAGCUCCCAGCUGCAGUGAAUGAUGCGUGCCCUCCUUUCCCAUCAGAACCCCUCUGGAAGAUGUUCAUCACUAAUGCCUUGUUUCUCUCAUUUACAUGAAGGUUUCUGCAUCCACAUGCAUCCCUGCUCUGGACCACGUGGAUCUCUGCUGCGGGAGCUUGUCCUCAGGGUAGACCAAGGCUUUGCUGAGCCAGUGGACUCCUGGUUAUGUGCAGCAUGAGGGUGCUCCCAAGCCAGGUUCAAUGCUGGAUACAGAAACAGCUUGUCACUGCCUGUAACCAGCAGGAAUACCAGAUCCUGCCAGCAUCUGUUUUGGACAUUGAGAAGUUGCUGGUCCCUGGGUGCUGGGAGCUGCAGGACCAACCACGUCCAUCAGUGCUGCAUGUCCAGCUCAGGGCAGGAGACACCGGACCUGGGGCCGUGUUGCUCUUCUGGCAGUUCAGACCGACUGUGCAAAGCAUAAAAAAAAAAAAAGGACUAGAAGCUCACCAAAAAAGUCCUAGGGUGGAAAUAGGGAAGGGCUACAUGGAGGUGAUGGACCCUUUGGCUCAGCUGACAGGUGGAGGCAGAGGUGUCUGGAUGAGAUGCUCCUCUGCAAGGACCAAACCAGGAGGCCAUGGCCACCCCCAGCCAAUCCCCUUGCUGCUGAUGCACACACCAAAAUUGGGCCUGGCAAAGGCCUUUUCCCAGGUGACCUCCAUGCUGCUGGGUACCAAUGGAGUGAUUGCUCUGGGUUAUGUGUCCCUCAGAGUCCAAGACCUGCAAGAGGGAGGAGAUCUGUGGUGCUCAUCUGGAGAUGCUGCACACUGUCAGCCUUCCAGCUGGGCCUCUGCACACCAGAAACAAGAUGGACCAGGUGCUCUGGGCUGUGUCCUCAAAGUGAGUGUCUCCUCCAAAGUCCCAGGCCACUUUGUUGGCACAGAAAAGCUGAUUCCCUCUAGCAUUUAGUUCCUCCUGGGAAGUGCAUCCUUACACCCUCUGAUUGCACCAGCUCUUUGGGCCUCUUUGUCUACUGACAAAAAACCAGCAGAGAAAUCAAUGUCCUUGGAUUGUCUUCACUGCUGGCAUGAACUGCACAAGGAUUUCACUCUCCCCCUGCAGCUGACUGUGGAGGCAGCCAGAGGCCAGGCUACAAUGGGGAAACAGGGUGCUACUGGAUGCACACUGCCAGUCCUCACGUGGCUCCUGCCCAUCCUGGUAGGCAACCACAGCCCCUGCGCUGGGGGGACUGAAGCUUUCUUGCCUGUGGAAUGCUCUUGCUGGGUUUUCAAAUGCAAGGAGCAGCCAGCACUAUCAUG